AUGGCUACCAUUCCAGCACCUACAGAUGUGGGAGCGCUUGCUAAUAGAAUAAACUUUCACACAAGAGAUGCACAUAACAAAAUCAACGCCUAUAUGAGCGUAAGGCUGGCGUUUGCGCUCAAGCACGGUUGGAUCUUUAGACAAGGCAUUCUAGCAUAUUACUACAUUUUUCAAGCCAUUGAACAAGAAUUGGACCGUAUAAUGGAUCAUGCGAGAAAUGAAAAGGAAAUGCAGAUGCAGAAUGUCCUGGGGAAAUUUUGGAUGAAUGACUUUAGGAGGACAGACAGAAUUUUCCAAGACCUGACCUUGUUAUAUUCUCCUGAAUUCCCAACCGAAUCUAGUCUAGAACAAUUUCUAACGAGUGGGAACCACUUAGCGCCCACACUGCAAGCCUUUGUGGAUUCAAUCCAUAAAAAUGUGCAAGAAGAACCUUGUACGAUCCUAGCCUAUUGUCACGUUUUAUACUUGGCACUUUUCGCAGGUGGUAAAGUGAUGAGAUCUAAUCUCUACAGACAUACGGGUCUUUUCCCCAAAUUCCAACAUCUAUCGCCAAGAGAAUUGGUACAGAGGGGUACGAAUUUCUUUACAUUCAGUGAAGAAGGUUCUGAAGCUGAAAACAAAUUGAGAUGGAGGUAUAAGAGAGGUUACGAAUUAGCCACGAGAGACGAAUUAACCGAAGAACAGAAACAAAAAAUCAUUUCGGUAUCAAGUGAAAUUUUCCAAUGGAACAUGGAGACAAUUGCAGAAAUCGGUGAAUUAAAUCGUCAAGAGCUAAUGGGAUCGGUUAGCUUUAGGCUGCUUACCUAUUUACAUGAGGAGUGGAAACACACCGAUAAGUUGUCUAAAAAUCAAAAGGAUCUUUUGGUAUUAGCAGUUCUCGUGGUACAAUUCUUAAUUGUCUAUCUAGUACUUCGCAGAAUCUUGGCAUAG